AUGGCCGAGGUGCCCCGGCGGAAGGGCCCCAAGGGCCUCCAUGUCGUCGCAGCCAUCGUGGCGCUGUCCGUCUUCUCCUUUUCGAUCUCAUGUAGGUCAGCGCUCGCAGUCGGCAAGGCCGCGAGCGUAGCCUUGCAUACGGUCCUUCCGCAGCCCGAGUUACUCGGGAAGCCACAUUUGAUUGGUUUCUAUGCGGAGCAGUCGAUGGAGGCCAAGCGCAUGAGAUACCUUGGAGGCUUGCUGGAGAAGGAGAUCCCCGGCACCAAGAUCGUGUGGCUGGAGGCCUGGGACAAUCCCUUGAACGAGCGUUUGCGAGCGACCAUUGACCUCAGGAAUCAGUGCGGGGGAGUCCCUUAUCUCUUCAAUCGCAAGACUGGCAAGGUCUUGUGUGGUGUUGUGGCCUAUGACAAGCUUAGGGCUUGGGCCCAGGGCUUGGGCGGUGAUGCACGCAUCUACCGGGACAUUGGCCAGUGA